AUGGCUAGUAUGAUGGGCAAGCCCCUAUACACUGAUAAAUUCACUGCUCAUUAUGAGAAGAUAUCCUAUGCUAGGGUUCUUGUGGAGAUGGAUGUUGCCUAUCCUUUUCUAGACCAGCUAGAAAUAGAGUCACCUUUUGGCCCAAUGGUGCAGACUAUUGACUGUAAUGAAGAGGAUGAUAACAAGGAAAUGGGAAAGCCGAGAAGAAAAAAAAGAGGAGCAAAGAAGCCAACUAGGAUUGUAAAGCAGACAUGGCUGGUGAAAAAGCCAGAAGUGAAUGCUGAAACAGAGCCAGAACCACUGAGGAAGGAAGCCCUGCAAGCAGACCCUGCUCAUGAGCCUGAUUGCACUGAGAUGGUUAGGAAGAGUAUAGAGCAUGUACAACAAAAAAUUCCUAUGCCAUAUCAUACCAAAGACGGGGUCAACCCUCAAAAUGACAUAUGCUGUAAUCUUGUGAGUGAAAUACUAGCUAGCAAUGAUAAAGGGAAGGCAAUUGCUGAGCUAAGGGGCCUGAACCAGACCCAUAAGCAGAAGGAGGUAAAGACCUUUCUGGCUAAAAAUAAGGUAGAUGUAAUGGGGCGUAUUGAAACUAGAGUAAAAGAACAUAAGGCUAAGAAAAUACAAAAAAAGAUUGCUCAGGGGUGGAAUGUUUACUGCAAUUAUCCUUAUGCUGAAAAUGGUCGAAUUUGGAUUCUGUGGAGCGCACAUAUACAACUUCAGAUUAUUCAAACUACAUAUCAAUUCAUCCAUUGUCUAGUGGAGGAUAGCAUAACUCAAAUUACCUCAUAUCUCGGUACCAUCUAUGCCCAGAAUGAUGGCCAUCAAAGGGACACUUUAUGGAGGGAUAUUACACAGAUAAAUAUGCAGGCUCAGGAGCCAUGGCGGCUUAGUGAAGACUUUAACAAUUUACUAUCUUAUGAGGAUAGAAUAGGGUCCCCUGUAACCAUUGCUGAAACACGGCGAUUCAAAGAUGUGAUUGAUUUCUACAGCUUACCCCUCUUAGAGCUAAAGGAUGGCAUUUAA